GGCGUGCCCCGGGCGGGCACCUCAGAGGGGCCAGGCCCCACUUGGGCUGCCUCAGGCGUGUCCCCACUGCCCUGAGCACUCCUCACCCAGAGAGGCAGCUGAGAUUUCAUUGCAAAGCCAUUAAAACCACAAAAAAAUGACAGAGAGUGGUGGGCAGGAACAGUCAAGAUGGAUUACAACGGUUAUUAUGAGUAUGGGUCUGCAGAAUCAUGAAAUCUCUACAGUUCUACAGAGGCAACAACACAGAGUUCGAUAUUCAGAAUCAGUGGAAAUUGGAUCUGUGAUUUUUUCUCUUUCUGGUGUUGCAUUUAUACUGGCAGACACUCAAGACUUGGUUAUGAGAGGGGAAGAACAGUUUUUAGAAAGAAUUCAGAAGUUCAUAAACAUACAUCGGAAUAGUUUUUUGGUUUUGUCAGCUGCUCUUCAUGGACCACAGGAAUGGAAUAUAAUGUUUAGGAUUCAGAGAAGAUUCCUGGGCAGCAAUUUACAUGUAAUACCAGUUCAUAAUACUGCUGAAACGGUUAAGUUAAUGCUAACUAUAGCUAAGAUGACUUCCAAGCUGUGUGCAGAUGAUAUUCGUUACAAAAUGGCAAUGACAAAAGCCCACAUAAUGGAAAACAGUCCAGUUUGGAAGACGCUUCAGGAAUACCAGUUGCAUUGUAAUUAA